CUCCAUGUUACGGGCACCGAAACCGACCGAUCAGACUCGGGCGCGACAGAAGUGUCACCAACCACAGCGCAGGAGACGCACCAAGCCCGCCUGUGAUUGGUUGCCGUAGGGGCUGGGGGGGAAAUCCCUCUUCCCCGUAGAGGUCCCAGGGAGGGGGCGGUGCAUAACAAAAAAGUAAUGGCCAUCUAUUUGGGUCCAGAAGAAGGAGGGAUAGCGUAAAUAUAGUCGGAGUAUCGUCGCUGUUAUUGCGUUAUUAUCAUGUUGGCGCGUGCGUUUGCCUGUUAGUGAUACCUGGUUGCGUCUUGCCCGUUUCCCCGCUGCUCGUUUCGUUGCGCUCGGUUGCAGGAACGGUUAAUAAGCUGGCUGAACUUGGUGCCGCGUUUUAGGGUUAAAGCAGCCAAGCUAGCCACGCUAACGUUAGCUACUACCACGGCUGCUGAGUGAGCCAACGUCUGGAAGGGCGUACGACUUUAACGUUUUUCUCCCCCAAGUCUCCACACGUUUCUGAGUUUGGCGUCGCGCUCUCGUCUUCCCUUUUAAGCUAACCUGUUCUCGUCAACAUGGAGGGGACACACUUUGCAAGAGCAUGAAGACGACGGCGGCGGCGACGAACGACGACUAAAGAGGAUUAAAAGCAACUCGGUCUUGAUGGGGAAAAGUUGAGUUGAGGAUUAAGAACUUGGGAUAAACUGAAGAAAGGUUUCAAGGCUUUCCUAUUGUGCAAGGACAUGCUAAAACCUCAGUGAUGGAGCCCACGGUUGUGAGUACGUCCACUGUGGCCCCUGAUGAGUUUGAUAGGAAUGUGCCACGAAUCUGUGGCGUGUGUGGCGACAAAGCCACUGGCUUCCACUUCAACGCCAUGACCUGUGAGGGCUGCAAGGGCUUUUUCAGGCGCAGUAUGAAGCGCAAGGCCACCUUCACAUGUCCCUUUAACGGCAGUUGCAACAUCACCAAGGACAACAGGCGCCACUGCCAGGCAUGCCGACUCAAACGGUGUGUGGACAUUGGCAUGAUGAAAGAGUUCAUUCUGACAGACGAGGAAGUGCAGAGGAAGAAGGACCUGAUUCAGCGGAGGAAGGAGGAGGAGGCGCAGCGCGAGGCAGAGAAAGAGGCACGGCGACCCAGACUCACUGAUGAACAGAGUCAGAUCAUCGCCACGCUGGUGGACGCUCACCAUAAGACAUAUGAUGACUCCUACUCUGACUUCUCCCGAUUUAGGCCUCCUGUGCGUGAGGGCCCAGUGACACGAAGCGCUAGCAGAGCUGCCUCUCUCCACUCCCUGUCUGAUGCCUCCUCUGACUCCUUCAGUCACUCUCCAGAGUCAGCUGACACCAAAAUGAACUUUAACAACCUGCUGAUGAUGUACCAGGAGCAGGGCAGCAGUCCUGACUCCAGUGAAGAAGAAGGCUCCAGUUUUUCUAUGCUGCCCCACCUGGCUGACCUGGUCUCCUAUAGUAUCCAGAAGGUCAUCGGUUUUGCUAAGAUGAUUCCCGGUUUCAGGGAGCUGACUGCAGAGGACCAGAUUGCUCUGCUCAAGUCCAGUGCCAUUGAGGUGAUCAUGCUGCGCUCAAAUCAAAGUUUCAACCUGGAAGACAUGUCCUGGAGCUGUGGUGGACCUGACUUUAAAUAUCAGAUCAGUGACGUCACCAAAGCGGGCCACACUCUGGAGCUGUUGGAGCCACUGGUAAAGUUCCAGGUGGGCCUGAAGAAGCUCAACCUGCAUGAGGAGGAACAUGUGCUGCUGAUGGCCAUCUGUCUGCUUUCUCCAGACCGCCCAGGUGUGCAGGAUCAUGCACGGAUCGAAGCCCUGCAAGACCGGCUGUCAGAGACGCUGCAGGCCUACAUCAGGCUUCACCACCCAGGAGGGAGGCUGCUCUACGCCAAGAUGAUCCAAAAGCUGGCCGACCUGCGCAGUCUUAACGAGGAGCACUCCAAACAGUACCGCUCACUGUCCUUUCAGCCGGAGCACAGCAUGCAGCUCACUCCACUGGUGCUGGAGGUGUUUGGCAGUGAAGUCUCCUAGAAGCAACCUCUGAACCUCAGUCGGUUGGGGAGGAAGCUGGAGGCAAGACCCCUGGAGGUAGAAAACAGAGGGAGGGGAGCUGAGGAUGUCCUGGUUGGACUAAAUGCAGGUGUGGUGUAUGAAACAAAUGAAAAAGAGAAAGUAGUGAGCAUGUGUGCGUGCGUGCGUGCGUGCGUGCGUGUGUGUGUGGAUUCCCAUAUAAAGAAGUCUGUCUUGGUGUAAAGGCCAAGGUUGUGUGGAGAGCAAGCAGAUAUGAAGAGACAUAGUAAACAAGGGAAUAGUACAAAUUAAACUAUACAUAUGACUUCUGGCUAUAUACAGUGUUUUUGUCUGUAUUUAAAUCAACAAACAGCUGCUUCAAAUGCCUGGACAUUUUGUGUGUGUACCUGUGGUGUGCACACCAACACAACAAGCAUACUCAGUUAUUCAUUUAGCCAUUCAGUUGAGCUACCUCUUAGUUUUACUGGGGUUGUUUUAUAUUUACAUCACCAAUGUGAAACUUUUUACACAGAACAGUUUAGAUACCGUACGCAUUACAUUUCAGUUUACCUGUGCAAAAGCAGUGCCUGCACAUUACUUUGAAUUUUUUGAUGAAUCAGAAAUCAUGUUGUUUGUUUUUUGUUUUGUUUUGUUUUUUUUUUAAUCUGCUUCUCUCCAAGGCAGCAUAUGUAUAUGACUUUGUGUACAAUUCAAACACAUGCCUUUCACCUUUCACCAAAGGUAUGGUCAACUACUUUCUCGAAAAGCUUCCAGUACCUAAAAAUAACCUUGCUGCUCCAUGGCUCGCUUCACUCAUGCAGCCGCUCGGCAAGUUGUCUGACUAGCCUCACAGCCUAUGAAGGAAAAUGUUAUAUUAUUAUAGGUUUAUACAGCAGAGUAGAGAGUUUAGUCUGUAAUUUAGUGAGGUUCUGAUAGGACCUUAGGGUGCCUGGUUUUGAGGUGAGAAUUAGCCACUAAAUGUAUUAGCUACUUUUACACUGCUAACUGUCAAUCAAACCAAGCCAACCUUAUGGCUUGUUGCUCUUUUAAAAUUGUUUUUCAUUAUUCUCGUCCCUUGUUUAAUUGUUGUUGCUUUUUUCCAUGUAAAUAGAGAAUUGCUAUCAAAUGUAUCUUAAGCACUGUUAUACCACCUUUUACUCAAGCCUAUGUAUUGAUAUACAGUAUCUAUGUUAUCACAGAUUUUAAAGGGCUAAAAUGCCAAAUCUAACUGGAAUAGUAAAUUGACGGCAAAGCAAAGGGCCUGCCUUGUUAAUAUAUAGCUGCAUAGCAUACUCAGAAUUGGCAUAGCUGCGGAUAUAAUUGCAAUAGAUAUUAUUUUUGUUGUCGUUGUUGUUUUCUAUGUCACUUCACCUUUAAAACAAUUCCAUGAAUUGUUCCUCCUCAGUAUACAGUGAGCUCAGUGGAUGGAGAGCUUGGGAAGCUGUUUCAGACCUCCACAGAUAUCACACCCCUUUCGUUUCUGACUGGGAAGCAGAUUUUCUAGAAUGUCCAAGGGCCUGGUUGUGGUGGUGUUGCUGCGCACGUCCUCCACCCGGGCCCUCCUGUUUGAUGAUGUAUGCUGCGCAGCCCUCUAGUGGCUGCAUUGUGUAAAUACCAGGUAUAUAUAAAUAAUGUCUGCCGCUGUACAUAGGGCUACAUAGAUUUUGUUUUGGUAUUUUUCCUCUAAAAUAUAUAUGCAAAUACAACUGACUUUUUGUUUCUGACCCAUAAGCACCAUGUUCUCCAACACUAUGCUCUUUCUUUUGUCUGGUCUUUUUUUUUUCUUUUCUUUUUUCCCCUUUGGUAGGAAAUAUUUAGGAAUUGCUUAAACAGGGAACUGCUUGAGUAUUUGACACACUCAAAUUCUUAUUUUAGUGGUGGGCUGAUGUGAAUAUUCAAGGUUCAUUUUCAGAAAAAGGACAACCUAAACAAACCGUGCUGCUCUCUAAUAUAAGCCAUUUAGAUUACCAAACUAGCUAUCUACCUGGUACAUUACAGUACAUCAAAACGAUGACUCCAGAACCUUGGACAUUCUCACCGUGUCAUCUACUAAAUUUAUAUGCUAUUUAUCUAUGACUUUUGGAACAUGAGCUUGUAUAUGAUAAGAACUUGUAUGCCUUCUCUCUGCUGUCAGUCAUCUUUGGCUUAUGCUUCAUCAGACAGCAUUUAAUGGCUUAUAAACCAAACUGCCAAGAGACUUUAAACGCUUUGAUUUACAGGCCAGUAAUAUAUGGCUUGCUGCAUGUGGGAUUAUGGUAAAAUAAUAUGGGAGAACAUAUCUUCUACAUCAAGACAAUUCCCUACAGUAAAGUCCAUUUCCUGCCAAGUUCUCAUGAUUUCACUAGAGGCAGUGUUACUUAAAGGAAGUCAUUUGCAGAACUAAUAUAAAAGUUUCUGGGGGUUUUUGUUUGUUUGUUUGUUUGUUUUUUGGGGGGGGGUCGUCUUGUAUUUGCUGUGUGACAAAAUAAAUCUCUUAAAACGGAUUCUGCGAUUGGCCAUCCGGUCCACAUUUGUCACGCAUAGGUUUUCCUUCAUCUCAGUAGACCAGGGUUACUCUGUGAGGAAGACGGCAAGAGAGCACGUUUGCAGUCGAGCUCGUCUCACAACUGCUAUGUGAGAAGUUGUGACAGGUGUUGCUUUGAUCUGUUUUUAAAGAGUUUAAAGUCCGUUCUACAUCACUGUGGCUUUAUCCCAACUCUCUGCAGUCACUGUGAAACUCCACAAACUGACAGCCGGAGCAUGAUGCUUAGGUAAUCCGCACAUCACAAAUAGUCGAUUGUUUUUAAUGUUCUUGUAGUCACAUCAGCUUGACUUUUCUUCCUGGAAAUCAUCGGGAUUAUAUAACUAGAUAUAUUAAUGCAGAAUCCACAUGUCCCACAAUGCAAAUUACCCUGCUGUGAUCGAUCUUUAAAGAUUUGAAGCUCGAGUGUCGUUAGGCAGUACCAUUUGUAUGUAUAGUAUGUCAGUAUGUCAGAGGGGUAUGAUGUGCUUGGUUACUGAAUAGUGACUUUUGACUUUUUUCUUUUCUUUCUUUUUUUUUUUAAAGUCACCGUGUUGAUUAUAUUUCUGAAUACAUACUUCUGUAUGUAGAUGGUUUGAUUUAGUUCUAUUUUCUUUUUUGAGAUAGAGGCUGCAGUGUUGACUUGUGUAUGUUUAAAUACAGUGGGAGGUUUGGUGAAUAUGUAAGUGCCACGGGGAGAAUUCCCUCCACACAUGAACAGGGUAAAAAGAGGAGUUGAGUUUGGGGGUUUGAAAACCGAACAGGAAAACUCUCGAGGAUGUGUCGAACGAGCAAUCAGCAUUUGUGUAGUACCACAUGGCAUUAGGGGUAUUCAGAGUUUGUCAUAAGAAGGAACCCCUGUUUUUUUUGUUUUGUUUUCUUAAGAAUAUGAUGUCUGAUUGCUGAUAUUUCUUUCUCUUCCCUACACACAAUAUACACCAUCCAAAUAAAGUUAAAUUUGAAUGUGGUUCAUUCCCAGAGGUUCCUGUUUGGUUUCUUGAUGAUAGGCUGCUCAGAAUCUGUUAAGUUUUUAACUCUGCAUUGUAGUCGUUCUAAUACUGGAACUUGUUAACUAUACAUCAAUGGACAUCCAACCUCAAAAUAGAUGGAGCCAUCUUUGUUGAGAUUUCGUAAGAUCUGCAACAUAACACAGUAACGAUGCCUGCAAUAUACAACUCAUGGUACACUAUCACCAGCAAGCUUUACAGUUUAUCAAGUUCGUAGAUGUUAUAGAAGUUGGUGUGUGUGUGUGUGUGUGUGUGUGUGUGUGUGUGUGUGUGUGUGUGUCACUGUUGCCAUUACAAAUCCUGUCUGAAAACAUGUAUAGAAAGCAUUCACAGAGGACUGUUGGCCAUCUCCGUGCAAAGGAUAUCAAGUCUUUAUUUUGUAUUCUUUCUGCUCCUCCCUUUAGGACAGGGAUUGUAAUGGAAUCAACUUAAUGUAGUUCUUACAAAAAGGAGUGUCCACAAUGGAUGUACACCAUAAUCUACCUAAAAAGAAAAAAAAGAAAAAGAAAAAACCUACCUCUUUUAGCGCCGAUUUUGCUUUAGCAUUAAGCAUUUGCCUCUGUUUUUACUUUUUAUAAUAUUUGUAUUCAUGUUGGUAUUUAUUGCUGUCUAAUGAGUCAUACUUCAAUGAUUACCUCAGAGAUAUCUCACAGAUUUGGGAGAGUCCAGCUAAUGAAUUCAUUUUUUUUUUCUUUUCUUUUGUAUACAUUUCUUUCUUCUCAGACUUAGCAAAGACUUUUUUUGUUAACGCACAAAAUACCAGAGUGUUUUUUAAUAUAGUGCCUGCACUCUUACCAUCGGGGCUCUGGCUAAGAUGAGGCUGCAUUUACUUCAGGAGUGUCAUUCUUCUCUGCAUCUUUAUCUUGCUACGGUGUUGCAGACAUCUACAGUAUCUCUACAGGCAUUAAAGGGACCAUUUACUCAAAAAUGAAAUGUGCAUGUUUUUCCUCUGGCUUGCAGCUGUUUAUCUGUCGAGAUUGUUUUGGUGUAAGUUGCUCAGUUUUUGGAGAUUACAACUACCUUUCUGUUGAAUUUAAUUCACCGUUAAUGGCAAAGUUAUGCGGUUAAGCGAUAGUUUCACAAACCUUGUGAGCAGAUUCAUAUAGGAACUAUUUUCUACCACUUUUGUAUUUCACAUUUUUAGCACUACAGGUGAGAGGGGUGUAAAUGCAUACUUUUAAUUUGAGGUGAAUCGUCCCUUUCAAGGCAGACAGAAGAAGAGGACUUUUCAGGGUGAAUGCAGCUUUAAAGAAGUAACAACCUGAAAGACUUUGUGGCAGUAGGAGAAGCGAGAGGUGCGUCUGUGCUCUCCUUGGUACUGUUAGCAUGGUCUGUGCUCUAUAGUACGUAGUCAUUACCUUGUCCCUGUGAUUUGUUGCCGUCAUGUCCGCCAUACUCUCUCCGUGUCUUCACCUCUCCUUCUGUCGUGAAGUCUGUUCUUGCGCCUUCGUUAUUCCCGACUGAUGCUUUUCAGUCAAACGACGGGAAUAAGGAGUGGCGAAAUCCUCAGUGUCCAUGAAAUGCUGCUUUUAUCUUGAGCAUCACCAAGUUGUGUGACACUGACGCUACCUAAUGAGGGCACCGUCCAAAUCGUCGCCCCCCCAGCGGUGCGACAGGCCUCGUUAGAAGAUGGUGUCUUUUGAAAUGCAACCUGGAGUUGCUCGUGGGUGUGGGGGGGUAAUAUUCCAUUCAGAUCCGAGUAUCAUUUAGGAGCGACUGCUCACUUUGGUGAAUACAAACCAAGUUUUCUUUCACUCUCUCUUUUUUUUCCUUUUUUUUUUUUUUUCUUUUUUCUUUUUUGCUUUCAUGUCAAACUGCUUCAGGUGAACACUGAAUAAAAUUAGAGUUUUUAUCGAUCAGUCAAUACUGAGGAACAGUGACGCCAUGGUCGCAUCAAUCCUGAGCUGUGUGCCAUAACAUGACCCUUUUCAUGCAGGGAAAGGUGUUAAAGCUGGCUUCAUAUGUUCCCCAGCUUAAUUUGAGUGGGAAAAUUGCCCGAGCGUGCGAUUGGCUUCUUAAUCGGUGCUCUGUCAGACAUGCGCAUUGAUCUUUUAUAAGGUAUCAAUUUGAAUUUGGUAUUGAAUCCUUACCCUGCAUUGUGAACCCAAAUCAUGCCACGUUGAAUUUAAAUGCCUGAACCAACGAAAGCACUUAAUACAAUGUUUGUAACACAUGUAUACUGAUCAAGCUACUAGCCAUAAACUGCCUCUGUAGGUCAGCAUGAAAUGGCUCCAGUUAUCAAAGUCACCUAAAUUCUAAUGUAAUUGCAAUUUUAUCUUUUGUCUCAGAUCUUCUUUUUCUAUUAUAAAUUGGUGUUUAUGUAAUGUUAUUUUUGUCUGAUGUUUUGCAAAUCAAAAA